CACCAAAGAAGAACAACAAGAAGAAAGAAGAAGAAGUCUUGCCCACAUGACAUAAUUCAUAUUUUUGUGUUGAGAUAGCUGAUGAUAACUCGCAGGUGUUGUGAAUAGACAAACUCCAGUGCAGUAUUAGCUCCCCUAGAAGUUAUAAUGUGUAUAUUUUCAUGUCGCUGCUGGUGAAAGUGUAAGCAAACAGAUGCUCCCGGCUAGCAAGCUAAGCUAACGCUGUAACAGUUAGUCCAUGACAACAAGCUCCUUUCACAGCUUAGCUUAGCACAGUCACCAACGUUAUGGAGCCUCGGUGAUCAACAUGUUGUGAAACCGAGCACGGCACUCAGUAGGUACACUCAUUAGGCAUCAUUUACCAGUUUUUGGGGGACUGUUAGCCAACUUCCCCCCCGAGGAGAGCCGGCUCCUGUUUGAGCGAAGCUAGCCCUGCCACCCAGCCCCGGGCCUGGCUCCUGACGAGGAAGCGGCAUCCGAGGAAGCGCCCACCAGAUUCUGCACUGUCGUGCGCUGCAGAUUUGCAAAAUGAAGAUGUUUUCCGUCUCUCACAAGACGGCCUUCGUGGUGGACCACUGUCCCUACAUGGCCGAGUCCAGUCGCCAGCAGGUUGAGUGUGACGUGCUGACAAAGAGUCGAGCGCAGGGGGUCAUACCUUUGGCCCCCGUGUCCAAGUCCCUGUGGACCUGCGCCGUGGAGUGCUCCAUGGAGUACUGCCGGAUCCUCUAUGAUGUUUACCCAACAAACAAACUGGUCAAUUACAUUGUGAGUGAUUCAGAGUUCCACAUCUUGAAUAGCUGGAGGCAGGAAGACCAGAGCACACACGAGCUCAUGGCAGCUCUGGCAGCUGUCGGGCCACCCAACCCACGUGAGGAUCCCGAGUGUUGCAGCAUCCUGCACGGGUUGGUCGCCGCCGUCGAGUCGUUAUGCAAGAUCACAGAGCUGCAGCACGAGAAGCGCACCGCCCUGAUGGACACAGCUGAGAGGGUUGCCAAUAGAGGACGUAUUAUCUGCCUAACCAAUGCUAAAAGUGAUACUCACGUGCGCAUGUUGGAAGACUGCAUCCAGGAGACUAUUUUAGAACAAAACAAGUUGGCAGCAGGCUCAGACAGACUAAUGGCCAUUCAACAGUGUGAGCUGGUUCUAGUUCACAUCUACCCACAGGGAGAGGACACGCUGGUCUCUGACCGACCAAAGAAAGAGAUAUCUCCUCUGCUCACCAGUGAGGUGCACAGUGUUCGGGCAGGGAGACACCUGGCCACCAAACUUAACAUCCUGGUCCAGCAACACUUUGACCUCGCCUCCACCACCAUUACAAACAUCCCCAUGAAGGAAGAGCAGCACGCUAACACAUCAGCCAAUUAUGACGUUGAGCUCCUGCAUCACAGAGACGCUCACCUGGAGUUCUUCAAAAGUGGAGACCUGCACAUGGCUGGCAGCACCAGUCGAGACAGUGGCCUCAAGGAGACGGUUACACUGAAAUGGUGCACUCCUCGAACCAACAGCAUAGAGCUCCAUUACUGCACAGGAGCCUAUCGAAUCUCCCCCACAGAUGUAAAUAGUCGGCCCUCGUCAUGUUUGACUAACUUUCUCCUUAACGGUCGAUCAGUGCUGCUGGAGCAGCCGAGGAAGUCGGGGUCAAAGGUCAUCAGCCACAUGCUCAGCAGCCACGGUGGCGAGAUCUUCCUGCAUGUGCUCAACAGCACCCGCUCCACCUUAGAGGACCCGCCGUCCAUCAGCGAAGGCUGCGGCGGUCGAGUGACAGACUACCGCAUCACUGAUUUCGGUGAAUUUAUGCGGGAAAACCGGCUGAUGCCUGUUUCGGAGUCCGCCCAUGACCCCUCUGGGAAGCUACCAGCUGAGAGAGCCAAAGCUCAGCUCGAACGCCACACUCGUUACUGGCCGAUGAUCAUCUCCCAGACCACCAUCUUCAAUAUGCAGGCGGUGGUUCCCCUGGCCAACCUGAUAGUGAAGGAGACGCUGACUGAGGAGGACGUGCUGACCUGUCAGAAGACAGUCUACAACCUGGUAGACAUGGAGAGGAAGAACGACCCUCUUCCCAUUUCCACAGUGGGCUCCAGAGGCAAGGGCCCCAAGAGGGACGAACAGUACCGCAUCAUGUGGAAUGAGCUAGAAACGCUGGUGAAAACUCAUGCCGGAGCCACUGACAGACACCAGCGUGUUCUGGACUGCAUCGUCGCCUGCCGCAGCAAACCUCCCGAAGAGGAAGAGAGGAAGAAGCGAGGGAGAAAGAGGGAGGAUAAGGAAGACAGGACAGAGAAAAAUGGCAGCAAGGACACAGACGAUAAAAGCUGGCAAGACUCUGACAGGCUAAAGGGGAUGCUGGAUAAAGAAGAGCAAGAGUCGGAGGUGAUAAAAGAUUCCCCAGACUCCCCAGAGCCGCUCAACAAGAAGCCCCGCCUUUCCACAGACGAGGUCCAGCCUCCAGAAAGAGCAAAAGGUCCAGUGUCACUCCUCAGCUUGUGGACCAAUCGGAUCGCUGCAGCCAACUCCAGGAAGCACCAAGAGUUUGCUGGGAGAAUCAACUCAGUCAAUAACAAGGCUGAGCUGUACCAGCACCUUAAAGAUGAGAAUGGUAUGGAAGUUCAUGAAAAUGGCAAGGCAUCCAGAUGAUGUAACCCAGGACUGCCGUUGCACCGCCUUUUCUAAUGAAAUGUGGACCACAGUGUUCGUCAGACUCACACUGUUUCAAACAAGGACAUGGAAAUAAAACAGACAAUGAACUCCAACAUGAAUUUUAUAGAUUUUUUUUUUUUUUUUACACAAGUUUUUGUAGAUAUGCUGCUCACAUUGUGUAAAGCAAUAAAAGCUGUCAAUAGUGAA